CGCUGGCUAUUUAGGUCAAUUCCUUUUGCUGCAUGAAUCGAGUUGAUUAUGGGUUUGCUAUCUUAGCUAUCUUCUUUAAAUGUGGUUACCAGGCGGAUGUGCCUGUCUUCAACUUUCUAAUAAAUGGGUAUAUUUUACAAGAUAACAUUGCUGAGGCUGUGCGAUUGUUUCUAAGGUUGGUAAAAUGUGGAGACAUUAUGCCUAACGAGGUUAUGUACGGGACCAUCAUAAAUGGGCUUUGUAAACUUGGAAACACUACAAUGGCUGUAGAGUUGGUCAGGAGUUUGGAAAAAUGGAACUUUAAGCCGAUUGUUGUGAUUUAUAACACAAUCAUCGACAACCUUUGUAAGGAUGGAAAUGUAGAUGAUGCUUUGGGCCUCCUGCCAGAGAUGAGACAGUUGGAUGUUAUGCCAGAUGUGGUUACCUAUAAUUCUUUAGUUGAUGGGUUCUGCAAAUUUGGUCGACAAAUGGAUGCCACAAGAAUGUUGAGUGACAUGAUAGAGCAAAAUAUAUUUCCAGAUGUCAUAAUGUAUAAUAUGUUGGUAGAUGCACAUUGCAAGGAGGGAAAGACUAAAGAAGCAAAGGAAAUACUCGCUAUCAUGAUUCGAAGAGGUAAGGAAUCCGAUGUAGGCACUUACAGUGCACUUAUGGACGGAUAUUGUUUGCAAGGGCACAUGGACAAAGGAAAAGAAGUGUUCAACUCCCUGGUGGAUAAGGGACUUGAGCCCGACAUACGCAGCUAUAAUAUUUUGGUCAAGGGAUACUGCAAGAAGAAGAAUAUAGACGAAGCCAUGCAUCUCUUCCGAGAAAUGGCUUGUAAAGGGUUAAAACCUAGUACCGUCACUUACACCACUUUGUUACAGGGUCUGUUUACAUUAGGAAGGUGUGAUGCUGUAGAUAGUCUUUUUCACGAGAUGAUGUGUAGAGGUCCAAAACUUGACAUUGUAACUUACUCAGUUUUGUUAGACGGCUUCUUUAAGAACCACGAAGUCGUCAAGGCAGUAGAGGUGUUUCGUUCAAUGCAAGAUCGCGGUAUAACUCCUAAUAUUGUUGUUUACGGUAUCCUCAUAAAUGGCAUGUGCGAAACUGGGAAAAUUGAAGAUGUUCGAAAACUUUUUAGUUCCAUUUCUGCGAAAGGUUUGAAACCCAUUGUUAAGAUUUACACCACAUUGAUUGGUGGACUUUGUAAGGAGGCCUUGCUGGAUGAAGCCGAGGAGUUACUCUUGCAAAUGGAGGGAGAUGGGUGCCCACCAAAUGAUGUCACCUACAAUAUUGUGAUUCGGGCAUUCUUGGAGAGCGGAGACAAACACAAGGUUAUG